AUGCUUGGCCCUUUAGAUCUUGGCUUCAGUUGGCCAGCCGAAGAGGGCAUGAAUGCAGUCACCCAAUCCUCUUAUUCUCCCCUAGCUCUCCGCGAUUUGCCCCAGCCUAGGCCAAACGACGCCCCAUCCGACCUAGACACUUCCAUAUUUACAUUUGAAGACGCUUUCGAGGACCUUCUUACUGUAUCGCAAGGACAACCACUCCCUGAUAUCAAGUCACGAUAUGAGCAAAGAAAGCUUUUGCGAUCCAUGUUUCCAAAUGGAGAGCCAGGAUACUUCUGGUUACGACGGUUGAGGUCACAAGGCCUUGUGGAGGAAUCGGGACCUGCCAAGUUAUUAAAAUCGGCUGCGAACCAAAAUUGGGACCAAUUCCACCAAGAACUCGAUCGCAGUGCUCAAGCGGUCUGGCGCAAUGUAUUAAACGACGACAACGACGAAGAGGAGUCAGGAGGCACAUUUGGCAACCAUGAACAAUAUGACAGGAGCAAGCGAGGUAAUACAGUGAGCAGCCACCAACGAAAUGAGGAGAGAUAUCGCCACAACGAACAUAAUUCAGCUUCGUAUGAGAUGGACGAACUUCGCGAUGAGCUUCACGGAAAUCAGAAUCGCCAACGACAAGCCAACGACUUUGACGACUUGUUCUCUGCUAUUCAGUCGUCCUUUGCCAAUGGACACUCAGCAUGGGACUCUUUUAUCAAGUUGAUCAAUGAGGAUCGCCCCGCGCCUUCGAAGAGGGAACAUCAACAAUUACAGGAACCUGAAAGCGAUGAGAAACAGGUAGUCUCCAAGGAUGAAUACGUGGAUCGGUUCGGCUACCUACAUACGAAGACACUGGUCAAGACGCUGGAUGAAAACGGCGACGAGAUUGGAAGUCACAGCCAUUAUACGGUUCGACCAGCUCAAAGGAACAGCGAAAAUGCGCGGAUUGGAGAACAAGACAAAGAAGGCCAAGAAUCAGGGUUCAAGGCAACCGGAAACCUGGACAUAAAGAAGGGCUGGUUUUGGAAAUAA